UUCUUUUGCUAGUAAACAGUUCCUGUUCUUUUUACUUGCAGUUUACAGUACUUGUACUUAUACCGUAACGCGGUUUAAAGAAAUCUGAUUUGUGUUCUUGUUUUAAGUUUUUUUGCCUUAAAAGUUUAUUAAGAUAUAUUAUAAGCUGCAAAAUGGCAAGAGUACCCAUUGUUCUAGCUAGUUUUUGUUUGAUUGGUUUUGGUUUUGCAUUUCCAGCUAGUAAUGAACAAUUAGAUAAGGCGACAGUUAAUGAUGUAGCAGUAAACGUAGUUUCUAUGGAUGUUCAAGAACAAAAACUAACCACUAUUCCGCAAAUUACACAAAAACAAUCUGCACCACCCUCUACAAUAGAAAUAAGUGGCAUUAGCACAGGAGCUAAUCCAGCGCCUGCUAAUCCAGCCACUCCUCAGGAUAAUGGGGGCUUUAAAACACAACGACCUGGAUCUAUGUUUGCUAGAAUAAUCGAUGAUAUAUUUCAGAUUCCGAUUACAGUUCUUCAAAACGUUGCUCGUCUUAUAACAAACCCAUUCACUCCUAAAAAGGAAAUUGCAGCGGUAUCUUAGAAACUACUUAUUAUUAUUAUUAGUUUUUACUCAAUAUUUUUUAAGUAGUUAGAAAUGAAAAAACUGCGCAUUUUCAAAAAAAAUAUAGCGAGGAAUGCCAUCAUUAUCACACUAUAUUUGAGUCAUUCUAAAUAAUGUAAUAGAAACAUUCUAGGCUGUUUUGUAUAUAGAAUCAGAAGAAUAGAUGUUAAAAAUUGUGAUUAAAUAGUUUAAAUAAUAAUAAGUUUAAAUAUUAAUAUAAUAAAUACAAAACGAAGAGGACAGAUGCAGGUAAGACAAACAAAUUUGUCGAUACUCAUACCAGGCCUGGAUCUGUACAUCGGGUCGAAUCCCAAGUUUACAAUGUUUUAAAACAUUGUAAACUUAGUUAAAAAAUACAUACUUGUAUGUACAGUUAAAAAUUUCCUAUUCGAAUACAAAAAGCGACUUAAAUUACACACAUAUAUUACUCACGACAAAAUCGAUUACGUCAUAGUAACUACAUCCGACUCUUUUCCGAUUUCUGUCUCUUCUUAGCUGCAGGUUUAAUACGUUCACAAUUUUACGGUACGAUAAUCAAUUAAAAGCGAUGCUCAAUGCACGUAUGAUGUUAAUGUUUGGCCUCUUGGUUUUGAAGUCUUUCAAAAGACUAAAUAAUUGUAAGCUUUUACUUUUUAAAACAUGGAAACUUAUCUCUAUAAUAUUUUGACAUAUAAUCUAAUUUUAAUAUAAUCUAUUUCUAAGGUU